UCGUGUUGCCAAACGUGUUCCAGAGUAGACAUGGUUACAGAAGCACCAGAAGCUAGCUGUGUCUAGAAGGCUAUGCAUGGGAUUCAUCCAUUAAUCGUCUUUAGUCGUACAGUGACUUGUAGGGAUUUUGUAAAAGCAUUCCAGUUUUGUUAUUUUACAUCUUUUCAGACGGAUAUUCAUACCACGCGACAGUUCUUUAGCUAAUGUUGGCUUACUGAGGGCCCUGUGAUCAAAUUACAGAUGCAAAAAGAAUGUCUCACUCUCAACACAAGAAGAAGAAUGGUAUCCCUGAUAGAUGGACCGAUUACAAGUCUAUGGGUAAAAGGAUACCUGGAACGCGCUUCAUUGCUUUUAAGGUCCCUUUGAAACGGUCCCUUCUAAGUCGCGUGAGCCCCUCUGAGGCAUUUGGCCCAAAUGAUCUUGUACAUGUGUUGGAGGAGGAGAAGCAACAGCUGGGUCUCAUCAUUGAUCUCACUUUCACAACACGCUACUACAAGCCAGAGGAUUUGCCUGAUUCUGUGUACUACGUGAAGAUCUUCACUGCUGGACAUGAGGUUCCAAGUGAUCCGACCAUCCUCAGUUUCAAGAGGGCAGUUAGAAGAUUUUUACGUGACAAUGAAGAAAACGAUAAGCUGAUUGGCGUCCAUUGUACCCAUGGACUGAAUCGUACAGGUUACCUUGUGUGCAGGUACCUAAUUGAUGUAGAUGGAAUCGAACCAGAGAAAGCCAUAGAAUUAUUCAACACAUCAAGAGGACAUUCCAUAGAGAGGCAAAACUACAUUGAUGACCUGCAGCAAGGGCCUAAGAGGAGUAAUGAUGGUAUGGAGCUGGAGGAACCAGAUCAAGAGCCUGUCCAAGGUUAUGCCAACCAGAGACAUCGCAAUGCCCCCUUCGCCCAGACCCAGGUCUCUAAACACCACCCACCUUUCAGGAACCAGAGACCACGGUCAAGGGACUAUGAUGUGCCAUAUGAAGAUAGUUUUAGACAUCCUCAUGACUGGGGGAGGAACCAGGGGUUUAAUGGUGGUCCAGGCCUCCUGCCCCCUCCUCCUGGGUUCUACCCCGGACCUGGUCUCUACCCUGACCCUCCUCCGUUCAUGAGGCUGCCCCACAGGCAUCAUCCCUCUGACUGGGACAGGAGGGGACCCUCCUACACUCCUCCCUACCCAGUGCUACCACGCUACAGGCUUGGCGGAGCACAGGAAGGACCCCCAGGUGCCCAGCACCAGCCACAGGGACACCAACGGAAACCAAGGGAUCGAGAUCGGGAUCGGGAUCGGGAUCGGAACCGGCCCCACAAGCACGCACAACGGGACCGGUGGACUUGACCGGAGCAAAAAUAAACAAAGCUGUGGUGUUUCUUUGUGUACCAAAGCUGCCAUUUGAACACAAUUUUGUGAGAAUGUUUACAAAAACAAUUACAAGUAAUUUAUGCAUUCUCUGAAGGCUAUGGCUGGCUAACUUAUGGAGAUUGUGUUGGAAUUGGAAUAUAGGAGAAGGAGUGGCUAUUGCUGCUACGGGCUGUAAUUUUCUUGUUUGAACAAGAAAGGAGAAUCCUCUUUCUCUAUGGAUUUUGCAUACUAUUUAUUAGCUUCAUUAAACUCCAGUCUUUACAUUAUUUUAAGGCAUAACUGGGGUUUGACUAUUUGGCCUUGGUUUCUGUUAUAAACAAACAGAACUCUUUUUUUUUUUAAUCUGGUUUAGGCUGUGAGCCACAUUGUAGACUUAACUGAGUUUGCCUUCUUAGACCAUGGACAAGCAAGCAGCUUGUAGCUAUAUGGAUACACUUUAUCCUAAAUACAUUUUCCUGAGAGUUUCCUGAGAGCCUUUCCAGGAGCAAUGUAAAGUUAUCUUCGUCUCAAGUGCCUUUUAUUUUUUAUGUUAUGUAAGUUUUAAAAUUCCAGUUGGUCCAAGGAUAAAAUAAUUCAGUUUGCAUUCAGUGCUCUACAGUAGGUUCAUAAUGAUUUGUAUUGCUUUCAACCGGUGUAAACAUGAAUAAAAAAAUAAAUGCUGGCAUGCCU